AUGUCUUAGGCUUUAGAAAGCUGUUAGUAUCAUCAAAAGGCUGGAAUUGCUGUAGAGUGCUAGAUAAGAGAUGAAAAUAAUUAUUCAAUUUUGUGUGAGAAUUGUUUAGCAGAAAAAGCGAACAAUAAGCACAUAUUUUUGUUGAAAGAUGCUAAAUUAGUAUUUGAAUAAUUCAGAUUGGAAUUUUAGAAUCAAUAUGAAGAGGAAUAGAAAGAGAAAAUAGGUUUCUUAAAAAAUAUGCAAAUGAUUGUGUAGAAAUUGCAGAAUCACUUUUCGUCAACAUUUGAUUAAAUAAACAAUAAAAUAAACGAAAGAAUAGAACUCAGCACAUUGAUUUUUGAUUAAGGAGGAAUGUAAAAUGAUUAAUUUGAAAAUUUUUGUGGAACCUUAAAUAUACGGAAUUUUGGAGAAUAAUUAAUAGAGGAAUUAUCAAAAUGUUAGAGAAUGAGGAAGAUUGGCGAAGAGUAGAGUGUUAUUGAAUUUUAGAAUCAAAUAUAACAUUAGAUAUUGAGCUUGUAAUAAGAUGAUAUAUUAAAUGAGUGUCUUGAGUUAAUAAUUUAAGUGGACGUAAGAAAAAAGAUAAAAUUAAUAGAUAAUAAUGAGAUGAAUGAAGAAAAUAAAAAGCUAAAUGUUUAAAGAACUCCAAAGUUAGAUUUGAUUUGCAAAUAACAUGAUAAGGAAAUAAUACUAUUUGAUUUAAGUGAGUAGUAAGAAAGAGAUUAUAGGGCAAGAUGUGUAGAAUGCGACCCAUGUAUUUUUACAUCUUUGUCAAAAUGUUAAAACAUGUGGAGAAACUAUGAAAGAUAAUAAUCAGAAAUCCUGACAUAGUUUUAUUAAUCCAGAACAUCAUAAAUCGGAAUUAUCAAAUAAUUGUUAUUUUAAUUGAAAAGUUCAUUUAUUGAAAAAAUCAACGCAAUUAUAAUAUAAUUGAAUGGGAUCAUGGCAUAGACAGAUUUGGAAGUCUUUAAAAUCCUAAGUAGCAUUGGUAAAGAUUGGGAUACUAUGACUCUUAAUGAAAUCUUAGAUAUAGCAGAUAUAUUGAGUAAACCAGAAUAAAUGAGAUAAACUUUGAAGGAUAUGGAAAUUAAAUACAAGUUGAAAAAUUUGAAUAUCGAUUGCAUAUUCUAGGACAGCAUAGAAGAAUUAUAAGAAAUUAAUAAUCAAAUAGCCCUAUUGAAUUUGUGUUUUAUUAAUGAAUAGGAAUAUUGUUAGUCACCCAAGAAUAAUUUUAGAUUAAGAUAAAAUAGCGGAAGGAUGAAAAGAAGCACAAACAGCACAUUGAGUGAUAAUUCUUAAGCUUAAUAGAAAGAACAAAUAUAAGAUUUGAAAAUUAAAAAACCGAAUAAGUUUAAAUCAUUAGAAGAAUGGAGAAUUCAAUAAUUAAAAUGGUCUGAUAAGUAUAUCGAUUAUUAAUUAUUUUUUACUAAAAAAUAAGCUGAAUGGUGUAAUGCCUUAGCAUUUAAUAAGUAGGGAAACAUUAUGAUUGCUGGAUGCAUAUACUCAAUUAAAAUAUUUGAUUUUCUAAGAGGGAGGAUAGUUUAAACAUACUAAGCCAAAUAACAUUCAGGAGAUAUUAACAGCUUGUUGUUUAGCAAGAAAAUAAAUCAAUUUUUCUCUGGGAGUGAUGAUAGGACUAUCAGAGUUUGGAGUUAAAUUGAUUAGAAAGAUUGGAAAUGCGUAUAGGUGUUACAAGGUCAUUUAGAUUGGGUAUUAUGUUUGAUAUAGACAGAAGAUGAAUAAAUACUUUUGUCUGGCAGUCGAGAUAGGACUAUAAAGAAAUGGUUCAAAAAUGAAAUAAGUUAGGCAUUUGAAUGCACCUAAACUUUAACUAUUCAUAGUGAUGCUGUAUUGGGAUUAUCAUUAAAUAAAUCUGAAUCCUUUUUGGUAUCUUGUAGUUAUGAUAAAUCAAUUAUCAUUUGGGAGAUUAAAGAAUCAUUUCAAAUUGAGCAGAAGCAAAUCAUCCAACUUUAAACUUAUGCCAAUAGAAUCCUUUUCAUUAAUGAAACUCAAUUUUUGUUUCAACCUAACAAUAAUCAAAACGUCCACAUUUAUCAAUAUAAUUCUGAAUUUUAAUCCUUUUAGACUUCAAAUCAUAAUAUUAAGUAAGUUCAAGCAGACGAUGAUUAUCAAUAUUUUCCAUCUAAAUUCUUAUCAACAAAAGGUUGUUUUGCUAAUAUUCAUAACAAAUAUAUGUACAUUACUAAAUAAUUAAAUGAUGAAGAAUAUGAAAUACAAUAAAUAAUAGAAUUUGACGAUUAUCGUAAAUUCGGAAGUUUCACAGAAGAUGGAGAAUAUUUAGUAACAUGGCAUUAUACAUCCUCGGAAUUUUAGAUUAGAAAAAAUGUUGGAACUUCUAGAAUUCAAUGGUGA